UGCCUCGUCCAGCGUGCCUCGUCCAGCGUGCCUGGCCCAGCGUGCCUCGUCCAGCGUGCCUGGUCCAUCCGGCCCCAACCUUGCCACUGGUCAUAAACUCCCUCGUGUGACUGCGAGUGUCUUGUUAUCGUAGCGACGCGCGAGCCAUAAUACUCCAGAAUUUAACAAGUGUUAGACUGAACAGUGUGUGUAUAAUUAUGUGUUAACACAGGCGCCCUUCAAGGUCAGCCUGGAGAAGCUAACUGGAAGGUUGGCGGUUGUGAGAGAGGAGCCUAUUGGCACACACACACACGCACGCACUCACGCAUGCACGCACGCUGAGCGUCCAUAGCUCGCAAGAUCGCAUUGUUUUAAACCCUUGAAAUUAGGACUUUAGGACGAGUCGCUGAUCUAAUAAAAUAUUCUUAAAACAUCAAUUAAAAGUCUUGUGAACAUUAGGACUAGACGCGGCGGAUGAAGCCCCUGGGUGGAAGACUCCAGCGGGGAGUGUGAAGGAAGAGGUGAAGCCCCACCUGGUGUAGCAGCGGCUACAGCAGGUGACAGGUACAGUCUCCCUCUCCCGCCCCACUCCCACCACACCUCCACACCCCGCGAGACCUCUCUCAACCAAAACUCCACACCCCGCGAGACCUCUCUCAACCAAGCCUCCACACCCCGCGAAAUCCCUCUCAACCAUACCUCACGCUGCGAGACAACCUCACUCAACGAGACUGCAUUCAACGAUAUCUUACUCCACGAAAUCUCGCUCCAAGAGACGUCAGGCUGCAGCAGCACACUAGGUAGGACUUGGGUAUCUUCCCAGGGCGCUGCUGCUCACCCUACACCACGACCGGACGACACACGCCCGACGACCACCAGUCAGCGUCAUACUGCAGUGUUGCAGCCAACCGCUGUGUGCAGCCGCGACUGUGAAUCUAGAUUUAAAUUGUCGAUUAAGUGCACGAAAUUAAUUUUGAACAUUGUGUAAUUAGCGGACACUUCAGUGUUUAUGUUACUUCCUGAAAAAUUAAAAGCCAAAGGAAAAGUUAAAAAACAAGUGAAUCAAAGUGGUGAGAAUUUCGUACCCAUACGGACCAUCGCCCUGGAUUACUAUACACUUCGGACCAACACUUCAGACAUACAAUUCAAGGUGGAGCGCCUCUCCGAGUACGAGCAGUACUUCGCGUCCCUGUUGGUGGACACCCACCCGGACCACCCGGACCACCACCACCUGGCCCACCACCACCACACUCUCACACAGUUGGUGAGGCGCGGGGAGGCGGAGGAGAGUGAGGUAGAGAGGAUCCAGGAGCUCUUCCCCCAUGACGACCUGCGGCUACAUGAGCGUCACCCAGUCACUCAGAAGAUGAAGGGGCUAAUGAGGAAGCGGUCGACGACGGCGGCGCGGCUGCAGCGGGCCUUCAGCGCCAAAGGACUCCGCGGACCCAACCCCGACCACCAGCACAACAACAACAAAGACAGCACCAACAACAACAACAAUGGCAGCAGCAGCGGAGGGCUGCCGCCCAACAGGACGAGGGAGGGAGGACCCAAGCGUCAGUUCAUCAUGGAGACGCCCGUCACCUUCACCACCGGAGUGCAGGCCCAGGAGCGGCACCUCUUCCUCUUCACUGACCUCCUCCUCGUAGCUAAGGCCCGGAGUGGAGGCAACUUCAAACUAAAGGAGAAGGUGCGGGUGUCGGAGAUGUGGCUGUCCUCCUGCCUCGACGAUGUCUCCGAGGUCGCCAAGAGUCAUGAUACAUCCUUCGUCAUGGGCUGGCCUACCACCAACGUUGUCGCCUCCUUCAGCUGUGUAGCCACCAAGGACCUGUGGUUCAACAAGCUGUGUCAGGUGAUAACUGAAGAGCGGGACAAGGAGCCGCCGUCCACCACCAUCCAGGUCACGUACUACGACCCUGUCAACAGCAUCGACUUUAGUAAGAUGGUGAGCAUCAGUUCAACGACAACAGCACGUGAGUGUGUGGCCCUUACUUUGGAUCACCUAGAGAUGGGUGGAGCAGACACCUCCCAGUUCCAGCUGUGGGUGAAGACUGGUCUUGAUGACUCCCCCUACCCGCUCAUUGGCCAUGAGUAUCCUUUCGCUAUCAAGCUCAACUGUGUAAGAGAUCUUCUGCAGGACUGUGAUGCUGAGCAGUGUAAUAACCUGUAUAACACUGAGCUGGUCACUCGCUGUCAGUUCAUCCUUCGACAGGCCCGGAAACUUUCCUUUGAAUCUCCUGAAGGGGUGAAAAAGGUCUCCAAAAAGGCCCGCAAAUCCCCCAUCAGGAUACACAGAGUGUUUAAGAGAUCUAAUAGCAAAGGGGAAUGUCUGGAUGGGAGUGUGACCUCAUGUGCUGGUGCCCUGUAUGGCCAAUCCUUAAUCAAGCUGGUGGAACCAGAGCACAUGUUGCCGAAACCUGUCAUGGACAUGCUGUUGCAGUUGUUCAUGAAAGGACCCUUCACAGUGGGGAUCUUCCGCAAGUCUGCUAAUGCAAGGCUAGUGCGGGAGUUGCGGGAAAAACUUGACACAAGUGAUGCAGAUGGUGCGAUUGACCUGGACAACGUGCACAUCACUGCUGUUGCAGCCCUUCUCAAAGAUUUUCUUCGCUCCAUGCCUGACUGCUUGCUAGUUGCUGACCUGUAUGAGGAGUGGCUGGAGUUGUCACAAAUUGAUGGCAUAAGAGAGCGUAUUUCAAGAACACUUCUUCUGUGUUCUCGAAUGCCCCGUGCACACCUCAUCCUUCUUCAGCAUUUCCUGUGUGUACUGCAUCAUAUUGCUCGACGUGCUUCUGAAAACAUGAUGUCCGCAUCUAACCUAGCUGUAUGUGUUGGGCCGUCCAUUUUGUGGCCAUCUUCCCCAGUGUUAGCACUUAGUCCAGAAGCCUCAAAACAAGUGCCUGCUAUAGUGGAGUUUCUCAUUGAGAGAUGUGGGGAUAUAUUUGGCCAAGAUAUACUUCAUUUAUUAGGUAAUCCUCCAGAGCGUGACCCCAUGAGGCAAGACAGUGGAGCAGAAGAGUCAGACAGCCUACACAGUCUUCACAGUGGUCACAGUCUACACAGUUCUAGCGGGAUGAGAAGGGAUGAUAGUAGCAUCGAUUCCUUGGAACGAGAACUGCUCGUGGAAGGUGAACUGUCUCCACUGCCUCGGAAGGACAAGAUGUCUCUGACAAAUUUGAGCCGUGACUCUGGUCUCACCAUGAGUGACUCUCAGCUGUAUACACCUGAUGAAGAAGAGAGUGAGUCAACCAGCUCUGGCCACUCUGGGGCUGACAAGAGUGUUAGCAAUUAUAGCAGUGGUGGCCAUUCAGAACGUUCUGGAGAUCGUUUCCAGCAUUAUGCAGCCCCAAAUAAUCCUAAUGCAAUAUAUGCAGCUGUAUAUCGUCGACCUGAAAAGGUUCCAAUGGGAUAUGAUGACCCAGAAAAUUAUUAUGCAGCACCCAGUAGAGAACAUGCUCGAAUACAAAUCACAUACUCUACACCUGGAUAUUCCCAGGGUCCUCCUCCAGGCCAAGGAAAGGAAUACACCAGAGUUUACCAUAGUCGCCAAGACAGAAUGAGUGAUGUCUAUCGGAAAGGUCAAGACGAAGAGGCCAUAUAUAGCGUGCCAGCUGGAUCAUCAGGCAACAUUGUUAACCCCCCUCCAUUUGUUGUAAACUCUAACUUCCAGCGACAUGACUGGAUGCGGCGGCGCUCAAAUCUUCGAAAAGUAUCUCGCUCAAGCAGUGGUGAUGGAGGUCUGGUAAGAUCCACAUCAGAAGAGAGUCUUCUUAAUAAAUAUAAUGGUCUUGAUUAUGGUAUUUCCCUGGGCCCAGUCAACAUCGAUGACAAGCGACCGGCACAACACGCAAAAGGACGUGCCCCUCCACCGCCACCAGGUGAGGAAAAUGAAAACUGUUCUGGCCCUGGAGGUAGAGAGUCUCCAAUCCGGAGGUCUAAGUCAGCCCACUAUUUAACAGAGCCACCUCGUGAUGUUGAUAAAUUAGGUCACUCUCCCGACAACACUCCGGCUGUAUCUCGAUCAUCAUCCCAUGAUGCUGUUUCAUGGCAGCGCUCCCGCUCCACACCCCAAAUACAUGAUGAGGCCGAUCGAUCUUAUGAUUCAUCCACUUUGAGUGAUGAUGAUUCAACACCACAUGUUUCACGGUCUAAUUCCAGAGGAAAAGAAUAUGGUGGUGGUGGUCUUAAUGCCUGGGAAGCAGUUUAUGGUACAGAGAACACUCCCUCUGACUCCGGUGAAUCACACAACUCUCGAAAUUCCUCCUUCAAGAGCGAACGGACAGGAAGCAUGUGUACAGUGGUAUCUGCAGGUAGCACAUCAACCCUUGCAUCAAAUCCUCCAUCCUAUGAAGAAGCUCUCAAUAGACGUUCACUCAUGUACAGAGGUGGACAACAGCAGGGGCACCAAUCCCAAGGAUCUCCUUCUGGAAGAGAUGCACACUUUGCUGAAUUUGCCAUAAGAGAAGAAAAAAUGAAAUCUGCAAGAGCCAAACAAUUGUAUGAAGAAUCAUUGAGAAUAUAUCAAGAGGAAAACACUUACCCAGGUGAUCUGGUACGUGCUUCCCCAGCACAAGCUGAAGACAGUGAUGAGUAUGAACGGCCACCGCCCUUGCCACCCAAGUCUGAGCCACCUCCCCUGCCUCCCAAGCAACGUGGGAGCCGUAGGGUGAGUGAUGGUCUGGGUCGCCUCAAGCACCUUCCACCCGUACAUGUGGAAACCCAUGCUCGAAAGUCCCGCUCAGUCACCUCCCUCCCAACCUCCUAUGGGUGCGAUCCACCUUAUCACAAAACUAUUAUAUACACAGAUGACAGUCCCCCAUCACUACCACCCAAGGAACGUACAGUAAUUGAAAUUGAUUCAGCAUACUCUCAGUAUCCAGAGUCUAGAGUAAAACAGACCACAAGUAGAGCUGUGUCACCACCCAGGGUAGAAAAAAAGAGUAUAGAGACUCAGACAGAUGAUUAUGACCUUGACGAUGAGGUGAAAGAUGAGGGCAUUCAGACAUCAGGGACAUGGGCAGUGGAAUCUCACGUGACGUCAGUAUCUGUCCCCGACCCCAACUCCCAUAAUGACAAACGUAGAGGGAGAACACGUAGACGAGACUCUUCAGCAUCCCACCGUAGCAAAAGCGUCCCUACUCGAGAGACAGGCCCUACUCAGCAUCCUGACUCUGAUGAUGAUCAAGAGGAGGAAGAGUGGGGCUAUCACCCCACACCAUCCUUGCAGGAUUUUCCAGGUCCUCCCGUGCAUCGUGACAUAAACCCAUUUGACACUGAUCUUAGGCAAGAAAUAAGUUGGUCAGUAUCACAGCUUCGCGCAAUAUUUGGUGAAACUCUAACAGGAGCUAAAAUUCACCCACCCCCAUAUAGGCCACCGCCGCCUUCUACUCACCGUGCACCCAUCACCUCAUAUCACCUAGGAGCUGGUGACUCUUUUACCUCUCGAAAGUCACGUCCUCAGUCUAACUAUGGCGAGGAGUCAUAUGUAUAGCAUACAGGACAUCUCGGUCUUACUUCGCCCACCGCGCUUAUUACACUUAGCGGCCACGCUGUGCUGCAUACACCGCCACAACUAACACUAGCCGACUCUCUGUUAGAUUAUUUCUCUAACGUACUAAAUGCUCAAGAUCAUAAGGCUUUUGUAUGUAUAGUAUUUGUAUUAUAUUAUGUAUAUUUUGUACAGAGUUACACUCUAAGUCAUACAAAUAAGGACCUCAAAUAUUAACUGUUAUCAAAUAUGUGGGUGGUGGGGGUGCUGCAGGGGAGCCUCCCCCUACCCCCUCAACCCCGCCCACCUCACAUCACCAAACUUUUGUAAAUUACUAUUACUAACUAUAUAAUAAUUGUUUAUAUGUUGUUAAUAAAAUUUGAGAUUUUUA